AUGUCUGCUGCAACUUAUCGAACGAGAAAAUCGUCACCUCCAGGUAGCGGGUUUCCAACCCCCGCACAAAGUCGUGAUAGCUCUUCGGAAGUUGGUUCAAUUGUGAGUGAUACAACAACACGUAAGAAACAUACAAAAAAGAAGGAUGAGGCCAGUAAAAAAAAGAAAAAUCGUGCUAAUAGUGGUGCAAAAAAGCAACGACAAAAUUCACAAAACCCAAAACCAGAUGGAACUGUGGCUUCUUUACGACCAACCCAAGCACUGACUGUUCGGGAGACUUUCUUAGUAGAGGAAGCAGCACAGUUCAUGGCGGCAAAACGUGCUGAUUGUGUAUUAGUUAUUGAUCGUGAAGAACAUUUAUCGGGAAUUUUCACGGCAAAAGAUUUGGCAUUUCGUGUUGUGGGUGAAGGUCUAGACGCUAGAAAUACCACAGUUGCUAAGAUCAUGACUCAUGAACCUAAAUGUGUCAAACUUGAUACUUCAGCUACUUUUGCCCUCGAAACAAUGGUUGAUCGUGGUUUUAGGCAUCUUCCCAUUUGUAACGAAGAUGGUGAUGUUGUUGGUCUACUUGAUAUCACCAAAUGCUUAUAUGAUGCACUCGAUAAAAUGGAACGUGCUUACGGCUCAUCAAAGAAAUUAUAUGAUGCAUUAGAAGGUGUCGAAAAAGAUUGGGCCAAUCAACCCACACACCUUGUGCAGUAUCUCGAUAUAUUACGCGAUAAAAUGUCAUGUCCCACUUUAGAUACGCUAUUGGAUGAACGUUCUCGACAUGUAGAAGUUAAUGUUCGUACAACGGUUCGUGAUGCUGCUCGUUUAAUGCGACAAUAUCGUACCACCGCUGUUCUCGUUAUGGAACACGGUAUGAUUGCCGGUAUCUUUACGAGCAAGGACAUUGUACUUAGAGUAAUUGCUGCUGGCCUUGAUCCUGCGACAUGUAGUGUAUCCAAAGUCAUGACACCUCACCCAGAUACUGCACCUUCACAUACUAGUAUUCUUGAUGCUUUGAAGAAGAUGUAUGAUGGUCAUUACCUAAAUCUCCCGGUCGUUGAUAAUGGCCAUAUUUUAGGGAUGGUUGAUGUAUUGAGGCUUACAUAUGCAACCAUGGAACAGAUGAAUUCAACCCAAGGUCACGAUAAUCAUGAAUCUGGGGGUGGCCCCAUGUGGGGUCGCUUCUGGAAUUCAUUUGCCAACGAUUGUGACAAUGAAUCCAUAGUUUCUGAUUCAAUAUCACCAUCACAAAGUGCUUCAAAUGUUCCUCCGCCCUCGCCGAAUUCACAUAUGCGAGGUUCUGGACACAUUUCACCAGUCCCCGAAAUACAUCCUAGUGAAUCAGCAUCAGCAAUCGAUGAUAAUGGUUCAUUAGCAUCUUUUCCUCGUGGCCAUGAUGAAAAUAUGUUCACAUUUAAAUUCAAAUCUCCAAAUGGGAAAACGCAUCGAUUCACAAUGGAUUAUACAAACCUCGAUAUGAUUAGACGUCGUGUUGCCUCUCAACUCCCGAAAACCAUAAAAGCAUUCUCAUUAGCAUACGUGGAUGACGACAACGAUCAAGUAUUAAUGUCAAGUGAUGAUGAUGUAAUUGACGCUGUACGAAUUGCACAACGACAAGGACUUUCGCGUGUGCUUUUACAUGUACAGGAAAUUGAUGAAAAGAAACCAUCUUCGAAAUCUAGAGCUUCUCGUGUAUCACAAGAAGAGGAGGAUGCAGCUUCGGAUAUAAAAAGGAGAAAAAGACGAAGUAAACAUUUGGAUCGUGAUAUUAUUGGAAAUAAUAAUUCAUUAAAUGACUGGCUAUUACCAGCAGCUGUUGUAACAUUAGCAGCUGCUAUUGUUGGAGUAUUCGCAAUAUCAAAAAUCUCCAGCCGUUAA